UAUUUGGUGUUUUUUCUGUAUUUGCAAAGUGUUUUUAUUGUUGUUGAUUGUUGGUUGAAGUUAAAGGUGUAUUUGUGUAGUGAAUUUAUUAAAAUUAGCCGUAUUUCGUCUCUGAGCAUGAGCGAGUGAUGUGAUGGCCGCGCUGCGCUACCACUACUUUAGGAAACCAAUGUCCGGCUUGCGAGGGGAUAAGAUUUGGCGUUGGCGUUGCCAAUGGAGCGUGGUGAGCAUCUGCGCCAUCGCGCUCGUCCUCUACAACGCCGCCGCCAACAUCUGGCUGCUGCACCCCCCCUCCUGCCCCCCACACGCUACUCCACCCCCCACCGAACCACCAACCUGCGAGCCCUGUGACGCAGCCAACCCUAGUGUCGAUGACGACCCUAUUUCAAGAAUAGAUUUAAGACUUGGAAGAUGGGAUGGCUCAAGGUCAUACAAAAUGUUUGACUACGCUGCAGUAGGAGAUUUAUACGCAGAGCUAUCAUCAGAUCGUCGCGUCUGCUUGGCGACUCAAAGCUCAAUAGAGCGAUUACACGAACUCCUCAGGAUCGCAGCGCAUUGGUCCGGACCUAUAUCAGUAGCAGUCUUCGUUGCUGGAGAUGAGCUAAGACUACUCAGAGCAUUCGCUAUGUGGCUGUUCCGAUGCCAACCAGAAAUCUACAUGAGGAUAGCGUUACAUGUAGUGACUCCAAGCGAAAGACCAGGAGUCCCAGGACAUGUUCCAAGCUGGGCGAGGGAUUGCGAAGCGAAGCCGCUCCCGCCUUACGAAAUAAAGUCAGAUACAAUGGCCUGGAGAGUUAGACAUCCAUAUCCUCAGAAUCAUUUGAGAAAUUUAGCGAGAAAGAAUUGUCAAACACCUUAUGUGUUUCUUGUGGAUGUAGAUAUAGUGCCGUCUAAAGGAAUGGCGGAGGCGUUAGAUAAGUUUUUAGCGAAGGCCCCAAAAUGCCCGCUCUGUGCGUACGUGGUGCCUACAUACGAGCUGGACCUGAGGGUAGCCAGUUUUCCGGCGAACAAGUCCGAGCUAUUGAGGCUGUCGAGGAAGAAGUUGGCGAUACCGUUCCACAGGAAGGUGUUUAUUUACAACCAGUAUGCUUCUAAUUUUACAAGAUGGGAAGCGACGGGCGGCAACGAGAGCGCCCACACGCACGUCAGCCACAACGUGACCAACUUCGAGCUGCUCUACGAGCCGUUCUACGUAGCGCCUGACACCGUGCCCGGCCACGACGAGAGGUUCCUGGGCUACGGGUUCACCAGGAACACGCAGGUGUAUGAAAUGUUCCUAAUCGGCUACCAGUUCAGAGUCCUAUCCCCAAUCUUCACCAUCCACUGGGGCCUACAGGCCAGGAGGACCAGACCCUUAUGGCGAGAAAAACAAAACGAAAAGAACAGAAAACACUUCGAGACCUUCAAGAGGGAACUCUUUGCGAGGUACCGGAGAGACCCGCUGCAUUUGUUAAGAAGGCCUCCGGCCUCGAAGAAGGCAUAGGCUUCGCUAGGCCGGACGGUGAGGCCCGGCCUUAUAAUAAGUGUUCUUGUGGUACUGGGAUGUGUUUAAUGGAACAGUUAAGUGAGUUAUAAUUGUGGGAUUUUUAGGGAGACCUCUAAAAAGCCAUAAGCCUCGCUAGGCCUUAUGAUUAGUG